GGCUCAAAACCAGCGGGUUUUUACGCAAAGGUCGGCGUGAGGAGGCGCGCGCGCGCACUCCAGUUAUCUGUCACCACCGGCGGCACGUGCGGCUUGGGCAGCGGCUGAUAAAUAUCUUGCGCAAGCGCUGUUUAGGGGCUCGUGGGAGUUUUAUAAUGCAGUAACACCGGAAUAUUUCGGCUACACGGGAAUACAAACCGGAGGGAUUACUGUCCUCCUGCUCAUCCCGGUGGAAAGCGCGAGACUGAGGAAAGUGACGGACUUACAGCAGGUGAGGUAUUCAUCUGGACUGGAUUUUCAGCGUUGGUGUGACCCGAGGACGCCUCUUCAUCCCAGAUAUGAAGCUGUUCAUUGACUCAGUCUGACCUCACCAAGGGAACCCCUUUGAAGUUAUCCCAAAUGAUGAUGCAAAAGCAGCAGCCGGCCCUUACUUCUCCAGGAAGUGUGUGUUCUCUGCGAGGGGGGGCCGAGACGGGAACUCCAGCUCUCUCUAUAGUGGCUAAAAUGGAUGAUCAGGUGAUCGGCUAUAAGGACUUAGCAGCCAUUCCUAAAGACAAGGCCAUACUGGACAUCGAGCGUCCCGACCUGAUGAUGUACGAACCACACUUCAACUACACACUCCUGGACCACACUGAGAGGUCCCUCUCUCCGCGCUCCCUCUCUCCUCCUCUAUCUCCUGAGAGCUCAGUCAUGUCGAAGGAGUCGAGGGAGUGUGUGGAGCAGAAGUCUUCAGGCAGCUCGUCUCCGGCCUCCACGCUGCAGCCCGUGUGCAGGAAGAGCAGUGUGGGCAAAAACACACCGCAUCAGCAGCACUUCCACCGGCCUGAUAACGGCACAAAUAUUUACAAGAAGCCACCGAUCUACAAACAAGACGUGUCUCACGCUCCUCAGAGUAAACACAUGGAGGAUCUGAUCAUCGAGUCGUCCCGUUUUCCCGCCGCUCAGCCGCCUGAUCCAAAACUGCCAUCUAAGAUCGAAACCGAGUCCUGGCCCUGUCCCCCGUCCCUCGCUGUGCUGGAGACAGAGUGGAAGAGGAAGUCCGCCUCUCAGAAAGCAGCAGGAGAGGAGGAAGAGGAAGAGGAGGAUGAGUAUGAUGAAGGUGGGGAUCUGUGGAGACUCAGACAGAUGCAGAAACAGGAACUCGACAAGAUCCAGUCUAAUUUAGGGAAGUUGAUCCUGAAGGAGGAGAUUGAGAGAGCAACUCCGAUGAGCAGGAAAAGUCGCUCUCUACCCGACCGCACGCCCACUCCCCUCGGAACCAGAUCUCCGUCGUUCCCUUCAUACAGUCGGAGUGGUCUGAGCCGGAACGGCGAUGCUCAGGGCAGGAGGAUGGACAGAGGGAACUCGCUGCCCACAAUGCUCGAGCAGAAGAUUUAUCCCUACGACAUGCUCAUGGUGACUCAUCGAGGCAGAAAUAAACUUCCACCAGGAGUGGACAGGACGAGGCUGGAGAGGCAUCUCUCUCCUGAGGAGUUUGAGAAUGUGUUCGGCAUGACGAUGGAGGAAUUCGAUCGCCUGUCGCUCUGGAAGAGGAACGAACUGAAGAAAAGGGUCUCGCUCUUCUAGUGCUCUAUAUAUAUAUAUAUAUAUAUAUAUAUAUAUAUAUAUAUAUAUAUUUAAAAAAACACUCGCACAAACACAAACACACAGCGCAUUUCUGUUCAGAAGGAGAGCGACGACGAGAAUCCACCAGCAGGACGACCAGCGAUAAACACACACACACACACACACACACACACACACACACACACACACACACAUGUUACGAUGUCUAUAUCUGCGAUUACACUAUCAGGAGUUGUGAUGAUGAUGAUGAUGAUGAUGAUGAUUUGACUCAGACUAAUACAUUUAGCGAGUUCACUUCAUAUAUAACUAACACGACUAUAUUCAACUGCCAGGAAAAUAUCACAAAAUAUCGAUACGGUCCAUACAAGAUACGGAGAAUGUACGAAAGAGCGUAUGUGGGCGGAGCUAAAAUCGGUGUCAUUCCGAAAGGCAGCGGGAGGUCAGCGAUUUUCGACGUAGCUAGCUUUUUUACAUACGUGUAGCUAGCUGUGUGAGCGAUUUCCCCCUGGUCUCGUGAAUAUGAAGCACAAACAGGCGAUCGUUCCUUUUAUACGUAUACGUGUACGCGCAAAACACGGCGAUUUCCUCAAUCCUAUGCAAAUUAGAUACGAUGCGCCUUUUAAGAAACGGCAACGUCUCAAAUCGUUUCUCAGAACAAUCAUACGGAGCGCGUGGUCCGAAGUUUCACAACUUUAGUUCUUAACACGGACAAGCCACGCCCAUAAGCGACAACAGUAGCGGUAGCUACACGCCCCCAAGAGACAUGAGUGACUUUUCGUACUGUUAAUGUUUAACUGCCGGCCAAUCAGAGACAGCUCGCAGCUAGAAACCAAUUACGGUAAUUACGACAUGGCGUGAACGCAGCUUAAAUACAGAAGAGGCGUGGCUUCAGUCAACUACACGUCACUUUUAGUCAAAUAAACCGCACGAGUGUCGUUUUUAGAAACAGGAAGUCAUGACGGCGUGUUUAUCUGGCAUUAAUGGGAUCAUUUUAAAUCCAUCAAUCCUCAAGCUAGUGUACCGUGAUCAGCACACGCCUAGCUUCAUGUUCUUACUACACUCUUGUCAUAGAUAUGGAGUUUCCACGCGCAGAGAGCCGUGUUAGCCAAUCAGAGUGAAGAUGAUCUAUCUACAAGAAAUGUAUCCGCUUAACACGAUGAUAGAUUGUAAGACGAGCGUGCGAUCGAUAUCGUCUCUGCGCUUAACUCGGAGUUUAUUGAUCACCCCGCUCCAUCCCUCCUCUCUCUCUCUCUCUCUCUCUCUCUCUCUAUUCUCCCUUCGUUUUGCUGCUAAUGCAUUAUUACGCACUUUCACCUUUUGGUUCGAUCGUCUUAUUUAGUUAUGUUUAGGGACAGAUGGAGAGUUUUAACAACGUCCUCGUUUUAUCCAGCUUAUUUUAAAACGCGGCAGAAGUAGGUAACAUUCCACGCUUCCUUUUUUGCCUUUCUGUGGAAGAGCGAGCAUUUAACGCGAGACGGUAACACCCGUGUGAAUGUUAACUGCUAAUCGCAGAUGAGCAGCAUACGUAGUUCGCUAGUUUAGCUAGCUACUGUUAUCAGCUAUUAUUCAUCAUGGCCUGUUAGCAAGGUGGCUACAAGCUAGCACGUCUGUGAGUCAUGAGGGUCACUCGCAUUCAUAAGCGUGUACUCAGAGGUCAGAGGUCAUCUAAAAUGGCCGCCUGACUGCUUGGGCUGAGCUAAUGUAAAUUUUUACCUUUAUUUUAGUCUUCUAGAUUUUUCACUAUUGGUUUAGGCUUUAAAAUAUGCUAUGCGCUAACCUGACAGGAAUUUUAGUGAUAUCGUAACAUAGCUGCAAAUGUUAGCAAGAUGACUAGCAUGAGCUAACUAGACAGGAAUCCUGAGAAGGGUUUUACGUCGUGUUCAGUGCUAACUUGAGAGAAAUUCCUACAAAGAUAAAUCCAUAUAAGGUCUAAAUCACUGCUAAUGUUAGCUAAUGGGUCACGAUAUUACUACAUCUGCCUGUAACAGUAGCUAGCUAAACUAGCGAACCGGGUAUGCUGCUAAUAAUAUCAUCCCUAGUGUUAGCUGCUGAGAGGGAUUAAAAAAAAAAAAAAAAAAACUAGCCAGGAAGUAGCUAACUGGAAAUCUCUCAUAAAAUGUCUCUGAAAGUAAGUUGGAUAAAAUGAAGAUUGUUGGGAUUUUAGAUGAAUUUAAUGAUUUGCUAGUUGAUGUCCUGCUUAGAUAAGCCUAUGUGCUCUUAUUUUGGAGUGUUUCAUAUUGGAAAGGUUUUUUAAAAAAUAUAUAUAUAUAUUCAUAAUUGCUUUAGUGACCAAAUGAUGUGCAGCUAGGGUUCUCUUGAGCGUGCUCCAAUACUGUUUUUAGCGCACCCUUGUGGACUUCUCCUCGGUUUGAUCCAUGCUACCGCGCGAAAAUGCUAACACGGGUGACAAUAAAUAAACGUCCGCAGCUACCAUUUCGCAUGACGUAAUAAUGAUUUGUUUACCGUUAGCGGUAUUAGCAUUGAACCCUUCCUUUCGGGAGGUUGCCGUUGGAAACACUGGAAUUUUACCUUAACAAAUCGAGGACAAGCCAAGUGGACAUUCGAGUCAUAUGGGAAAGUCGAUUAGCGUCUGUUAAAAGCCGCAUCGAAACACGGCCUGUCUUUCGAUCGUUGUGACAAUUAAUCCAGACGGAAAAUAGAGAAACACACUCGAGACAUUCCACGUGAAACUUAAACACGUAGAAGGCACUUUUUUUCGCUAACGACAAUGCUAACGACAUAAUAGCGUCCUUGAUCUCAGAAGGAGAAUUUGGACGUUUAAUCGCCACAGCAACAGACAGCCAAUCGGAUUUCAGGGGCGUGGCUUUAUAAAUAAAUGAAGUCACAUUCUGGAGUGUAAAUAUGAUCAACAUUCGGAUGUAAUUAACAUUUAUAACCUGUUUAUUAAUCAAGGUGAGUGACAGAGUGACGACUUCAGCAGUCCGGGAUGAGUUGAGCGGGAAAAAGAAAAGACUCUGACGUGAAAUGAACACACGAUUAUAAAUCACAAGCACUUACACACUGGAUCAUGUUAAACGUCACUUACAGAAACAUCACCACUGCAUUUCUUUCUCUUCAUUUCAAAGCACUGAAUGUAAAUAACAGAAAUAAAUAUCGAUUGGUUCAGUGAAUGUCCUUUCUUAUGACUGAGGUGUGAUCACUGGUUUGUUAUUUUCUCAUAAUUAGGAGUUUUGUUAUCCUGAUUUACUUAGUGAACCGUUAAACACUUGGAUUUUUUGUUGAAUAAAGCUUUCGGGUUUUC